GGGGGGGACAUGCUGGGAAAAACAGGAAUGUGGAAAUGGAGUGAGAUUACCAUCUGUACAUGAACUGAAGUGGGAUCAGCAGAUGGAGAGAUCACUGUGCCCUUAUUUUACCAGUGCUUAUUCUUCCUCAUGUUGAUUUUUAUUCCUCUCAUUUUAUUGGUCCCUACUUUCUCUCACCCUCAUUUUCUCUCUCUCUGCUUUUCCCACAUUUUCUCCAUGUCUCGCUUUUCUUUUUUUCUUUUCUUUUUUUUUAUCUCUUUCACGCACUAUUUCUUUGUACAUCCCGUCAGUUUCUUUUCGUAUUCAUUUGUUCUCACUCUUCCUUUCUUUCUCAUGUUUUUUCUUUUUUCUCGUUCUUUCCCCAUUCUUCCAUUCUUUUUCUUUCCUUAGUUUGUUCUUUCUUUCAUUGUCAUUUUUCUUGAUGUCUCUUUUUUUAUCUCAUUUCUGUCUUUAUUUAUUUCCAUUCUUGUCUUUCAUUCUCACAUUUUCCUUCAUUUCUCACAUUUUCCUUCAUUUCUCACAUUUUCUUUCAUUUUUAAUCUAACCUUUUCUUUAAUUUUUGUUUUCUUUUUCUUUCUUUCUUUCUUUCUUCAUCCCAUUUCUCUUUCAUUCUCUCUCACCUUUCGCAUCAUUUCUUUCUCGCUUCUUUCUUUCUUUCUUUCUUUCUUUCUUUCAUUCAUUCUUGUCUUGUCUCUCAGAUAUAUUUUAUUUGAUAAAGUAUCUUGGACAGAUGUUUCUAAUAAACGUGUUGAACUGAUUUGCCUUGUUCUUAUGUAAAAUAAACAAAUAAAUAAAUAAACAAACCUGCCGUUUGUUCACUUUAACUCUGACAGAGUGGUGUUUUACAAUAAAUCCUUGUUUCCCUUUCAAGUUUAAAUGUAAAUCUUUGGUGUUUUAUUGGCUCUUCAUGGUGAUCAGAGUGUGGAAAUGUAGUGAAGACAAGAGUGUGUGCGUUAUUUUACAUCAGAUUUGGUGUUUUAUUGGCUCUUCAUGGUGAUCAGAGUGUGGAAAUGUGGUGAAGACAGGAGUGUGUGCUAUUUUACACCUGAACCGAUGGGAAGUUGAGGCGGUAAGGAGUUGACUCAGGGGAGCGGGCAUCAGAGACAUUUACACACUCACACACUCACACACACACUGGAGCGUUCACGCUAUUCCCUCACACACCAUCCAGGUACGUUAUAAUCACUUUAUAAUGCUUACAGAAGGUAUCGAUUUGUCAGGGAAAGCAGUAAACUCCACUAUACUCUCUGGACUGACGUUACAGCGAUAAGUCUCGGCACUGAAGAUGUAACAUUAGCUAGCUGGCUAAUCCUCUAACCUGAAAUGUUUAGUGUUUUGUUUUGGACAUAAACUCGUGAGGUGACGUGUAGAAAACACGUCGAAGACCUGCUCAAGCUUAAGCUACUUUACUACACGGAUGAAAACAACAAGAGGAUUUAAGCGUCCGUCUGUCAGUCGCUAAACUAGCUGGCUGAAACUAGCUAGCCGAGUCAGAUAUAUUGGCCUACCCUGAAAGACCUUAAGCUCUAACUCUUAGCUCCGAAUAAAGCCCUGCUGGACACACUGAAACCGUAAGAUGAAUCAAAUCUUGUCUUGUGUGUAGAUAUAUAUAUAUGUAUAUAUUUUGAACAUUUCCCUUGUUUUUCCCCCCGUCUUUCUCCUAGACAAUUCAUUUUUCUGAAAUGUCCCAGCUAGCUAGUUUAGCUCGUAGUAUCAGGCCGUUUCUUUCCGCUGUGUUUCGACAAACUUUUUGCUAUCUCUUUCUCUUUCAAUGUCUUUCCUUUUUUUUUCUUUUUUUCACGCACUUCACGUGUACGAGAACCAUUUUUUUAUUUUUUUUUUUAAAAUUGUUUUCUGAAGGGUUAGACUUUGAAAGAAACUCCGUGUGAUGUGUUAAAAUGCUUUGUUUACAGGACUGGGGAUUAGUUUGAGAAGAUUAGCAUCACUUCAGCUUCCCUUCAGUCCAGAACCAUAAACACACACACACACACCCAUCUAACAUGUAAUUAAUAAGACUUAAUGCUGUAAAGUUGAACGUCUGUUCAUUCUUAUAUUGAAUUAAUACUUAUUUGACACCAUGUCAGAUUUGUUUUAAUGGAUAAAUUGGUCUUUCUACCACCACUUUUGUGGUUCUACAAACAGGAUUCAUUCACUUUCGUUGGAAAGAAGUGUGUUACAGACUGUAAUUGAUCAACUCAACCUACCCUGUACUUCGUUCUGUAUGUAUAAAUUUACAGAAAAUAGCCCAGUAUGUUGAUUUGUACAGUGAAUGAUGCGUUGAUACGAGUGUAUCAGGUACAGAAGGUUUUCAGACAUGGCUGAGAAACAUGGUCCCAACCAGAAAUAUACCUCUCGACCCGUCAUGAUUGAUUAAGAAUGCCUUCACGCGGUAUGAUUUUCAGCACAAAUCCGACAUGGUUUAGAAGAAAUUCUUUGGUCGUGAGUUGAGAACGUUAACGGCUUGAUUCAGUGCCGAAGGGUGGCGAAGUUCUGAACAGAAAAGCGUUAGGAGAUUGAGACUUCGAAUCUCAGCGAAGAGAGCAAAAUUAGUCAUCCUGUCGAAUUAGGAGGGACGGUAUGCUGUUUCCUGUCAAUCAUGGCGAACCUAGCCAAUCGUACGCGUCUGUGAGCUCGUGUAUGUGGAAGAGGGUAAUCAGCAAUUUCCUCAGGUCGUAUUCUUUAAGAAAAAACUCAACCAAUCAGCAUGUUCGGCACCCAAGUCCCACCCCAGAAUGUUCCUGGCUUUUAAAAAAGUACCACCUCUCGCGUAGGGAUAAAUAUUGUACCCGGAACGUAAUUUAGACCCUGGUCCCUGUGGUCGAAAUGCGCAGAGUACCUCGAAUAGUCCCUAGUUCCUGGCGAAAGUUCCUGCGGUGGGAAAGCGGUAAGAGUGUGUAUGCGUAAGUGUGAAGCAGCGACAGUUCGGACAGACGUCGUCGCCGUCUCAGAGGAGGCUUCACGUUAGGUCUCAGCCUCCCCGCGCGAUAGGGAAGCGUUCAGGUGCGUCUCAGUCGGCUCGCUAGUUCAGCAAUCAGGACACUGAUCAGAGACUCGGCCAUUUUAAGGGCCGUCUUGAUCGCCGAAUUUUUUUUUUUCGAUACACCGCAAAAAGCAGGGAUCUCAUGUCAGUAUGCACGGUACGCGAGUCAAACAAUCCCAUGAUGCAACAGGACCGUUACGGAUGAGCUCAGAAGAAAAAACGCCUAAGACAGCGUCGGCUCUUUUUAAGUAUUAAACUUUUGGUUAAACAGGACUUGUUUAACAAUACCCGAAUAAAUUAACUUGUUUAAGCUUUUUGUCUUUAUGAUGACGUCGAAGGUCACAUGACAACGGUCACAUGACAACGCUAACACGGUGAAACGCAAGCAAAACGUUUUAACUGAAAACGUUUCUCAUAACGCGACGAGCCAUUUAUUUGCAGGUUUAUCAUUCGAGGAUGUUCGUCAUACGUUCUCACAUGGUCCAAACGUUCUCAUACAGUGUGACAUAUAAUAAUCCUAUAAUAGACCAAAACAGGGAUUUACACAGACUGUGAAGUGCUGUCGUGCCUAAUCGGAUGCUGAUUAGGUUUGUGUAGGUACGUAGGUGUUUUAAAUCCGAAAUAGUGUCGCUGUGCUUGAUACACUCGUACCAGAGGCAAUACAGACAGCAGCUGUUAAGCCAGUGAUAACAUCUAGAGGUGCAGAGCGGGGUAAAUGUUCGUUCGUAACUGUGUACGUGUAUACAUACAGUACGUUUUCCUGUUUCGGUGAACAGCGUGACGUCAUUUAGUGACCGCGCCGUAGGAACGCGCAUCGACGGCAUCAAGACGAAUGCGAGUGAAAUAAACAGGGUGUCACGUGGUCACACCCUUUCUCUGGUGAGUCAGACAUGACAGUAGGAAGAAGGCAAACGAUCAGGUUUCAACACGUCGUGUACACACACACACACACGGAUGCCAGGGCUGUUCCUUUCUCACAUUCGAAAAUUGCGAAAUGCUUCUGAACAAGUUUGAGCAUGAAACAAACAGUUGGACCUGCGGCCCGCUUGUAGGACGACGAGAGGAGAGAGAGAGGGGGGGGGAAAGGGGGGGGAGCCGUUCCGGAAAUGCUCAUAAACUCCAUUCUUUUUUGUUUCCCGUAAAACAAAGAGAGGCCUGAUGGCUCGCAAAACAGAGCUAGAAUGCUUUUGGACUUGCACGGGCACCAUGACGUACGCACUCGCCCCAGUGGAGACACACACAGGCGAGGGAGUCGCGUGCGUACGUACAGCCCUCUGAAGGACUCCGGACCUCGCCGUCUUCAUAUGGAUACUGACGUACUCGAGCGCUCACGAUAUUUCUAUACAAAGAGACCAUUUUUUGUUUUUUCCCCCAGAAGUAUGAGCUGUCAUUUAGGCCAGAAGACCACAAGAGCUCCGUUUCCGUCCGUGUUCAUAAUUACGGUCUUUUAUUAGACGGACCGUCCCAGCGGGGCGCCAGGGCUCCUGCAGAGUCUGUGGCAGAUUUUUCAUUCCAUUGUUUCCUUUUCUGUUCAACUCAUUAUUUCCACGCACGCACGCACCCCUCCGUCGUUCCUACCUCGCGUUCGACUCGUGCGUUCGCGUUCGCAUUCCCUCGUAACUUGAGUACUUAGAACUGUAUGCCUUGUUCUUGAGAAAGAGUACUGUAAAGUCAGUUAACUGGGCUUCCUGCAUCAGCGGCUGCUUUGAUCCGGCCUCUCCUUUACUCGCUGAAACACAGGGCUUAGAAACGAUUUGCACUAAAAGAGCUUUCACUCGAUUAUUAUUAUUAUUAUUAUUAUUAUUAUUAUUAUUGUUUUUCUUUCUUUUUUCCAAAUCGUAUCACAUUCAAGCCAUAUACGUAUAUGUAUAUUUUCGGAGGAAAAUGUCAAUCUAUUUUUAUCACGGUUUCGUUAGAUCAUAAAUUGUGUAUGUAUUUUUUAUGUAUAAGCACACCUGCACUGUGUUCGUCUGUGCGAGUGUUCACGAAAUGGUUCUGGAUGCGUGCACCUUGAAUUUUUGAAGCUUUAAAUUUUUUUAUGAUGUUGUUAUUCCUGUUGUUUUCCACCUGAAGUUACUAUAAAAGUUACUUUUACAAUGACGACACUUUCCUCCUGUAGCCCGGCAAGCGGACCACGAACGCUCGUUUUCUGACCCCUCCCACCCGCUUUUAGCUUUCCAUUUUCUCCCCAAUGCCUGUGGGUCUCGGUGUGGGCGGGGCUCUUGGAGACCCCUCCCCUUCCCGGCGCUUUCGUCCCAGUCGCUAUGUGCCCGUAUCCGCGGCGACGGUCUUCCUCGUUGGGGCUACGACGCUUUUCCUGUGUUUCACUUGUCCUUGGCUGGCCGAGCGUUUCUCUUCUUCCAUUCCUGUCUACAACGCCGUGGUCUUCCUCUUCACCCUGGCCAACUUUUGCAUGGCUACGUUUAUGGACCCAGGCAUCUUCCCCAGAGCGGAGGAGGACGAAGAUAAGGAGGAUGAUUUCCGGGCUCCUCUCUAUAAGACAGUGGAGGUGAGGGGCAUUCAGGUGCGCAUGAAAUGGUGUUCCACGUGCCGCUUCUACAGACCGCCCCGAUGCUCACACUGCUCCGUGUGUGACAACUGUGUCGAGGAGUUUGACCAUCACUGUCCGUGGGUGAAUAACUGCAUCGGGAGGCGGAACUACCGCUAUUUCUUCCUGUUCCUUUUAUCUCUCACUGCACACAUAAUGGGAGUGUUUGGAUUCAGCUUGCUGUACAUCCUGUAUCACACCGAACAGCUGGAUGAAGUGCACUCUGGAGUUACUAUGGCAGUGAUGUGUAUCGCAGGUCUGUUCUUUAUCCCAGUAGCAGGACUCACUGGCUUCCACAUUGUGCUGGUAGCCAGAGGAAGAACAACAAACGAGCAGGUUACAGGGAAGUUCAGAGGGGGCGUUAACCCAUUCACACACGGAUGUUGUAAAAACAUCUCGCAUGUGCUCUGUAGCUCCCAAGCUCCAAGGUACCUCGGGAGGUUGAGGGAAUCCCAGGCCCUUCAGGUUCAGCCUCCAUUUCUGCGGCCUCAACUUUCCGAAGCACAGCUCGCUGCUAAAGUCCUGGACAACGGGAUCCAACAGUCUAAGAGCAGUCUGGAGGCCAUGGAAAGUCAGUCUACAGACAUUGAGGCGCCUCCACCUCCCAAACCAGAGCACAGAUACCAAGGGCUGCCUCACACACACAACGAAGAGAGCAGUCUCCUGAGUGAAGCUCCACCCACACCUGCAUUAUAUAAAUAUCGGCCGUCCUAUAGCAGUCCGGGAAAAAACCACACGAAUUCCACACACAAGAUGAAUCGGGGGGACAGUGUGACAGAGUCGCCCUCCGUCCCCUUGUCAACUGGGCACGCCAGCUAUCGCUCGGAGCCCAGUCUUUCGGGCCGGGGGAUUUCUGGGUGGCGACCAGGAGGGGGAGGGGAGGGAGGCAGAGCAGGCUCGGGGGGACUGGGUGGGCCCUCUGCUCUCGGAGGGCGGUCUUAUCCUUCCUUCACUGACACGCUCCUACACUCGGCGGUGGUUUCGUGCUCCUCCAGCAUCCGCUCUGCUCAGACCCACAAUGCACUGGGGCCACUGCUGUCUGAGGGCACGACCUCUACCAGCUAUAAAAGCUUGGCCAAUCAGACACGGAACGGCAGCCUGUCCUACGACAGUCUCCUGACGCCCUCGGAGAGUCCGGAGUUCGAAUCGGCCGCUCCCGAGCUGUCCCCGCCCAGGCCGGCACCCCCACGCUCGCUCGGUUCUACUCCUGCAGCUCCGCCCCUCAUGGGUUAUACCUCACCGUUCUUGUCUGCUCAGCAGAGGGAGGGCUCGCUCCAAGCCUGCCCUGCUCCUCUAAGACCCUCCCCCAACAGACCUUUCCUGCGCCCCACGAGCCCGCCCCCUUCCCGAGCUCCGCCCCUGUCUCCUCGCGCUUGCUCUUUGGGUUCACCGUCUCCUGGCCCCGCCCCAGGAAUCACGCCUUUGGGCAAAUCGUUAUCCUACACAGGUGGAGCGGAGUUACGGCAAUGCCCAAAUAUCACAGGGGGUGGGACUUCCACGUCAAACUCUAGGCAGAGACUGACCAAUCACAGCACCCACGCGCACAAACCAAGCGGUGGCGUGAAGAAAGUGAGCGGCGUCGGAGGAACAACCUAUGAGAUUUCAGUAUGAGUGUUUCGUUUUUGUUUGUUUUUUUUAAACGACACACAGGAUUCACUCGCGUCUUCUGCCACGAGGACGACCAGAGAGCAGAUCAUCCAUGUAAGCAAAAAAAUAAACAAGUAAAUAAAAAUCUAAAUACAAAGACGACACGAAGGAAGAAGGGGAAAAAAAAAAAGAUCGGAAAACAAAUAAACUCAUCGUUGAUCCAGCUUUGGAGGAAGAACGCUUAAAACGUGGAUUAGUGAAUAAAGAGCCUGGCUCGAGUUUCUGAGACUUGCGUAUCAUGCUACAUGAAUGUCCAUGAUUUUUUUUUUUUUUAAAACAUAUUUAAAGAGUCGUUUAACAUCCACGAAGGCUGUUCAAUCCAGACCGGAGUUGCCAACCUUGCUGUACGAACGAUCGCUCAUAGACUCCAAUGGAAAUCAAAAUCACAAGUUGUUUUCCCUUCGUACUCUGGACUUUCAUUUUCUUUGUAUUUUUUUAUUUUAUUUUUGUUUCUUCUCCUAAUUUUAUUUUAUACAGGUACUGAUACAGUAUAUUGUAAGAAUUAUUGAAUAUGAAAUAGGAAUGCCAAUAAUAGUAGCACGUAGGCACUGCUUUGUUUUUUUUGUUUGUUUUUUUUUUGCUGUUGGAUAUAAUAGACGGCUGCAUCAGCCAAUCAGAACCCGAGCUGGAGUUCACAGCCAAAGAGACAAGUGUAGUCAGGGACGUGCUUUUGACAGACAGCACACUUGGCAAAUACAAGUGAAUGUAACAUCUGAAUUAUUUACAGCACAAAAUGUUUUGUGAUGGGGGAAAAAAAACCAUCUGGAUGCUGUACGAGAUAUUUUGUGCAAGAUAAAAGGUUCCUUUUGGUUCUUAUUUGUCUUAUCAAUCAGGAAGGAGCCAUUUCAAAAUCGUUUGCCAGAGUAGAGCGCUCUGGUCCCGAGUUCAUACAUGCUGGAUGCCCAGUACGCCACUGAGACGGGGGAACGCUUCGUGUUCUUAUUUUCUAUUUUAUUUUAAUUUAUCUUUUUAUAGCGAGUGGUUACGGUUCAGAGCUGGAGUAUGAGAUGUUUUCUGACCAUCAUCACUUUGAGGUUUGCAAGCUGAAUUGCUCUGUGUGUGUGUGUGUGUGAGUGAGUGAAUGAGCAUGAGAAAAUAGCAGAGAAACAAUUGUUGAUGUCUCAAAUUAUUCUACUAGAGCACAUUCCAGCUUUGAAUCUCUUCAGAGACUCUGCUAAGUGUGUGUGUGUGAGCGAGAGGCGAAAACAGGACAUGUAAGCGUGACGUUUAAUUUUAGCUUUGAGGUCUGAAGACCAGUGACCGGUCAGUGUAACGUAAACGAGCUUAUGCAGUGACACACACAAGUAUUUUUUACUGAAAACCUUUUCUCAUUUCCACCAUGGCCUUAUGAAGCCUUUUUAACUGUACUUUACCUGCACGAUUUAACAGGACGAGAGGAUUAAGUUCAAACGGUGGAGGUUUUUUUCUUUUUUCUUUUUCUACCUGUCUGUAUUUCUUUAAUGCGGGUGACACUGGCUCACAUGAGCCGACACGUUUCCAACAGAACAAUAAAUAAUAUUGCAACACUGAAAUUAUACUGUUUCGCUUCUUUAAAAUACAGAAUGAACAUAUACAUUCGAAUGUAAAGCACUGAUUCUUCCACGCGUAUAAUUAAAGGUGUAGUCUGUAAUAUUUUUAAAGAGUUUUUUUUAUUAAUGGUGUAAGGGAAUAAAACAAGACGGGGCAUGCUGUUGUAGGACGAGUGUCAACGAUGGGGAGGCGUGACAUUACUACUAAUAUGCGGAAGUUGUUUUGCUAUUUUCCUAUAACAUCACAUCCUGAUGGGGAAAGGUUGUUUUAUUACUCUUAUACCACAGCAAUAAAGGUAACUUUGAAUUCAAUGGCCGAAACACAUCUCAAAAAUGUUGGGGCGGGGGCAACAAAAGGCUGGAAAAGUAAGGGUUACUAAAAAGAAACAGCUGGAGGAACAGUUUGCAACUAAUUAGGUUAAUUGGAAACGUCAGUAAGAUGACUGGGUAUAAAAAGUGUAUCUUAGAGAGGCAGAGUCUCUCAGAAGUAAAGUUGGGAUGGAAUCCGGAUGGAAGCAUAUGUUAUGUUGCUCUAAAACCUGUAUAUACCUUUCAGCAUUGAUUGUGCCUUUCCAGAUGUGCAAGCUGCCCAUUCAAUAGGCACUAAUGCACCCCCAUACCAUCAGAGAUGCAGGGCUUUUGAACUGAGCGCUGAUAAAAAAAAAACUGGCUGGUCCCUCUCCUCUUUAGUUCUCUUUAGUUUAGAGGACGUGGCGUCUGGCCCCAGAACAGUUUCCCACUUUGCCUU